AUGGACGACUCCUGGGAAGCCUGGAAAGCUUCCAAGAGAUUUUUGAGUCCUACCCAGUGCAGAAGUCCAUGGGUAAGCUCCUUUUUGUGUAUUGCUGGCCCUGUACAUUCUUUGUGCCUUUUUUUGGCGGAGCCCUUCGCAGUGCAGUGGCUGCCACAACACUUGGGUCAGAAAUUGGUGGGUGCCGACAAGCGCAUCAAGGGUGAGAACGCUGAGAAGGCUCUGGAACUCGGAGAAAUGGAGCAAGGCCGUUACGCGGAUUGCAUCUUCAACGUCAUCCUGGUGGUUUGUAUUCCAUUUAUCUCCCCGGCCUAUCUUGCUCUAACCUUCGCCGCGCUGAUCUUCUCGCACCUCUACCUCUACCUCUACGACACGGUGAAGGUGCUGCGGUAUGUCCGGAAGUUCAACUUCAGCGGCCCAGAGGUCCACUGGCUGGGCAUGCAGCUCUUCGCGCUGCCGGUCGCCAUCUUGGCCGCCUGUUUACUCUUCAAGGCCCUCAGCUGCUCCGCGGAGCGGACGAUUCCGGAGCGAAAGCGGCACGCGCGCGCGCUGCCGCACGUGUCCGCCGUUGAGAAGGGUCCGAACCAAAACGCAAACAACGCGGUCCUUCGCCGAUGA